AUGAAAGAAGGAAGUGGAUCAGCACUGAUUAUAAGAUUUCCGGAAGAUCUGGCUGGUGGAAGAAAAUAUUUUGAAAUUCUGAAUCAUCAUGAUGAUCGUUAUGGUAUUAAUAUCGGAGAGUUGAAACAAAAAUUGAGAGAUCUAGUUGGAAUUACCAAUCACCAAGAAUUAGAUUUUAGCUUAUCCAUGGAUGGUGAAUGUAUAUUAUUGAACCACGAGCAUGAAUGGCUGAAAUUACGAGAAAACGACACUCAUGUUGCUGAUUUGAAAAUUCGAUUAAAAGGUGGUGGAAACAAUGCAUCUCAUCAAACAACUGUUGUCCGAAAUAUCGAAAAGAAAGUUCUAAUCGAUCAAAAAGUUGACAGACAUAUUUCGGAUGAAGUGAGAAAACGAAUUGUAUUUGAUCCGGAUAACGAUACUCCUUCAACAGCUAGCUUUCUGGUUCAUUUUCAUGAAUAUGUAGGAUCAACAUGGCAACCAGUAAUGUAUGAAAACUUGAAACAAUCAAACAAUAAUGUCCAAGAACUGAAAAUAGUAACAUAUAACGUUUGGUUUGAUUUGCUUGAACGAGAAGCGAGAAUGUUAGAAAUUGUUCAAAUUUGCCAGAACGCAAAUGCAGAUAUUAUUUGUUUGCAAGAAGUCACUCGUGGUUCUUUAGAGAUCCUAACAAAACAGUCAUGGAUACGAAACAAUUUUUAUAUAUCUGACUCUUUAGAAAAUGGAGGAACAACUGUCAGCCCUUACGGAGUGAUGAUAUUUGUGAAAAAGAAUUUACCAGUUGUAAAAUUAUUCCUUAAUGAGUUACCAACUCGAAUGUUCCGUUCAGCUCUUAGCUUGGAGUUGAAGGUAAACGAUCAAAUUCUCUGCUUUUCAACAAUCCACUUAGAAUCAUUGGAUAGCCAAUCGCUAAGAGCUCAGCAAAUGUAUUUAAUCUCCACCUUUUUGAAGCUUUAUGACACUGGUUUUUUAUGUGGUGAUUUUAAUUUUGAUUCAGAAGAGAAUUACCAUAAGGACACCACACCUCUCGAAAAUGAGAAUUUAGAAAACUUUUAUCCUGACUUUAUGGAUAUUUGGAAAGAACUCAAGUAUCCUCUGCAAGAUAUGGGAAAAACAUUUCUUGGAGAUCAAAGUAGACUUGAUCGAAUGCUUCUGAAGAGUUCAAUAUUUGAGCCUGUGGAGAUAACCAUGUUAGGAACCAAACCAUUCAAAGAAGCGCAUGGUAAACCCAUCUACCCGUCUGAUCAUUUUGGACUCUUGACCACUCUUCGAAGAAAAAAGUAA